AUAAAUGUUUAUGAGAGGGGUUUUUUUUGUUUUGUUUUUGAACUGCGUUACCAAAUACAUAUAAUAAAUCUGUCACUAUAUAUAUAUAUAUAUCCCAUUAAUGCGUAGUUUUUGGAUGAGUUUUUGAUUUAGAUUAUUUUACGAGAUAAAGGAUAUUGCCUGAUACAUAUAUUUUUCUAAAAAAGAUUUGGUCAUUUGUCAUUUUUCAAAUCGUCGUCAUUGAACACAAGCUAAACUAUUUUGUUUUUUUUCUGCAAAAGUAUAAAAAGAAAUUGAAUUCAUACUUUGUGGUUUUUUUUUUUAUUAUCGAAUCCAACUCGAUAUUUCAUUGUGUCUUAAUCUGAUUUAUUAUUACUGCUCACACUAUAUUCUAAUGAUAAUAUGGCUUCUCUUGAAGAAUCAUACCAAAAGCGUAAAAAAGCUUUACGUAAAUUUGAUGAUUAUUUCAAUAGUUUAACUGAUGGCCAUGACGAAGAACUUUGUUCAGAAAAAAUGAAUAUACGUCAAUUGAUUGAACAGAUACGUUAUUUGAAUCGUAUUUUGGCUGAUGAUGAUAAUCUUUAUCAAGAUGAAUUAGUCGAUCAAUUCAAUUCACGUGCACAUCGAUUGGCUAAAUUUCUAAAUGGUUCAACUAGUAAUAGUGUGUAUGAUGAAUCACAAGAAACAAAACGACAACAAAUUGAAUCAAAAAUUUUGUCUCAAAAUGAUAAUGUUGUUGAAAAUGUACAACAACAUCCUCUACAACAUUUAUUUCAUGUUCAAUUAACAGAAACAAAUUGGUUGGAAUUUUAUCCACAAAUGAUGGAAUUUAUUGUAUUAGAUAAAAAAAUUCCAAAUGAACCAACAAGAAUUAAAUAUUUAAAACAAUCUAUUGAAAAAAAUAAGAAAGCAACUCAAUUGCUUGAAAAUGAAUAUUCCAUGAAAAAUGCCGUCGCCAUUCUACGUGAAGAAUUUAGUUAUCAUUCCAAUCCAGAAACCAGGGAAAUGGCUUUAAAAGAAAUGAUUAAAAAAUUCAAAUUUGAUACAAAUCGUAAUAAUGAUGAGAAAAAUUAUCGUCAAUUAUUUAUUAUUGCAUUGCAUAUAGCUUAUAAUAUCCAUAGAGAAUAUCGGCAAAAAUAUCUUUACAUGUUGCUUGAUAAAUUACCAAAGAAUUUUCAUCGUAAUUCGAUAAAUGAUUUUAAGAUUAUGGUUAAAGAAAAACUUCAAUAUUAUGAUGCUUUGCCUUCUUUCAAGUUUGGUAAAAACGAAGAAUUAGAACAACUAUAUCGUCGACUAAUCGAUCAUGAUCAACCAUGUCCAAUCUGUUAUAAACUUAAAAAACAUAUUCGAUCACAUCCGAUUAUUCAAUGUCGAAAUUUGAGAGAAUUUUGUUACAAAUAUGGAGAAUAUGCAGACAAUACAUCAACUUCAAUGGCUGAUCUUUCAAUUUCAUCGGAUCAAACUUUAAAUCAAAAUGGAUUUCGUUAUAAGAAAGUAAAUGAUGAGAAAAAAACUUCGAUAUUCACUAAUUCCAACCUUAGUUCAAUUGGCUUUACCAACGACAACAAUAAUCGACGACGUUUUGGAUUUUCAGGAGACAAAUCAUUAAAAGAUAAAUCCAAUUCAAUUCCUGGUUUAUCACCAAAAUCUUCAUCAGUUUCGUUGUCAAAUAAUGAUAGAUCAGCUGAAUCUGAUUCAGAGAAACAAGAUAGUUUUCCUAUCACUAUUAUUGGUUCGAAACGAGAAACACUUUAUCAAAUCAAUGCAAUGAUCAUCGAUCAACAGAAUGCUACAGACUAUGAUGCAUUGAUCCGAAUCGAUUAUUUAAAAUCAUUGAAAAUUGAUGGCCAAAUCCAUCAUUAUGAAGUCGAUUGGAGAAAACGUGACUAUAUUGUUGGUCAUGUAGAAAUCGAAAUAGCCAUUGGAUUUUUGAUCCGUACGAUAAAAUUUUUGGUUUUUUCACCAGAAAAAGAAGAGCCAGCCAUACUUAUUUCAGCCGAUAUUCUCAAACAAUUUUCAAUAAUGUCACCAUCGAAAUUUGAACAACGUUUUACACAAAUCAUUGAUCGUUCAAUUGAACGAUUUACCAAUGGUGGUGAUGAUAAACGACAAAUUUCCAUUGCUGAAAAUCUUGAUUUGAAAAUCGAUAGUUUAUAUAAUGAUAAUGAUCAUCAGGCAGAAGAAACAUCAGAUGCUAUCGACAACGAUUUACUAUUAUAUAAUGAUGAUGAUAAAAACAAACCGAAAAAUGUAACCAUACAAAAAUUAAUGGCCGCAAAUUUUCUCUUAAAAUCUUCGCCGAAUAUCAAAAAUAAUUCUUCAAAAUCGUUCAAAAUUUUAUUGGUCAAAAAUGAUUACACUUCCGAUGAUGAUAAUUAUUUGGUUAAUCAAGAUUAUAAUAUUUAUUAUGGUUGGAAUUCUGCCAAUGAAGAUCGAUCAUUGGAUCAAUUGAAAUAUAAAAAGGCUCAUAUUUUUCUAUUCAAAGGUGAAAAUGAUUCAAAAAUAGACAACGAUUAUAUGGAUUCCAUGUUGAUCAAAUUUGAUGAAAAGAAAUUUUUGAUUCUCAUUCAAUUGUUAACUAAUUCAAGUGAUGAACAGUAUGAACAAAUCAAUCGAAUGAUUGAAAAAUGCCGUAAUUUGCUUGCUUGAAAAAUGAUGGAUUGUUGGAUUGGCUUGAA